AUGACUACUUUGCAAUCAGAAGAUUGUCAAACUAAUGACCUAAAUGACUCAUUUCCGAUGGCUAUUGAAUCAUUGCGAUUUCCAUUAGAUAAUUCAAUGCGAAUUGUGUUUACUGGAUUUUACAAUGGAUUUAAUGUAGAGGUAAGGUCUGUGGAGGAGAUAGCGCUUCUGUACCACAUGGGAUGUUUUGGAAAAGGAUCAGCAUCGCGCUCGCAGCCGAAAGCCGCCCAAAACGACGUUACGCCGCGCAUCAUGCGAAAGAGACAGUUUUUAAAACGAAAUUAUUGGUUUAAAAAAUUCGGUGGAUUCAAAGGAACUGCAGAAGCAGAUAAUUUCAUGAAAGAUGUCGAAGGACUUACUGCUAAAAUAAUUGGUGACGGCGAAAAGAGAACACAGAAGGAUGUCAUAGAUUUGGUAUCCAGCGAUGAGGAUGACGGGGCAGAAACAAAUUCUACUCAUAGUUCUGAAAGAUUUCAGAAUCAUGACAAGGAAGACAUUGUGGUGAUAGUUCCCAACAGUGAGUCUGAGGAAGAAAACUACUUUGCUAAUAUGAAGCCAAAAUGUUGUUUGAAUAAAGUUAAAAUACAAGAAAAGCUUAUGUUGACUCCGCAGGAAGCAUUUUUUCUGCUUUAUGGCUUGGGGUGUUUACAAAUAGUGAGCCUUGACAACACUUUACUCAACAUUGAAAAGUGUUGGGACAUAUUCACAACAGCAGAUAGUAAAUUUGUAAACAAAUAUGUAGUGUAUCACUACUACAGAUCUAAGGGAUAUGUUGUGAAACCAGGAAUCAAGUUUGGUGGAGAUUAUUUAUUGUAUAAAGAGGGUCCUGGGAUAUCACAUGCUGAUAACAUAGUGGUUAUAAAGUCGUCUUAUAAAGAAGAUGACUGGGUUUCUAUUCUUGGCCAUGUAAGAAUGGCAAAUACAACAGUUAAGGAAAUACUUAUUGUUGAAGUAAUAAGACCUACUGAAAAUGUGAAGUUACCUGAGGAUCUAAAAUUGUUCAGCAUUCGGGAAUUAUUAUUAAGCAGGAAUUUACCAGUAGUAAUAAAUGAAGAUGACUAAAAUAAAA